CGUCAUUGGAAAAUGGCGGAAACAUUGCGGAGCGACGUUCUUGUAGACUAAACCAAAGAGAAUGGACUCUAAGGAGGUAAAAUCGAUUAAUUUAUGUAAUAUUAAGAGAAAGCAAUAUUAACGUUAACUAUACGAUGAGGACGGAGUAUUUCACUUUAAGGCUCGAGCUGUCAAUCAGCUUUUCUCUCUCACGGCUUCUUCGAGGUGACUAAGACACGAUGCGGAAGUCGUAGUCAAAAUGAAGGCGACGAAUUUCUGUGAAUUCGGUCAUAUCAAUAGAAUUUGAAGAAGGCCGCAGCUAAAGGUUAUCUUAUUUCCAAGUAUGAACAUUUUAAAUUGAUAGAUUGAGCUCGAAAUAAGCAAGAAACUUAGAACCUCACAAAUAAAUGACCAAAUAUUUAAGGAGGUCUCCUGUUGUCAAGGAAACUUGCAAAAAGUUUGAUGCUGCAAGACUGUCAGGUGAUAUGUAUGACGAUGUCUCCACUUGGUUGCAGCUCCAUUUGUGUAGUUUUCUGUAUUUGCCCUGUACUAUUUCUUUCUAAUUACAGUAAAACCUAGUUGGGAAGGACAGCCAACGGACAUGCUCAUAGUGUCCAUGUUGUCUGGGUGUCUGUAUAAAGUGGACUCUCAGAGUAGACUGCACUGACCAAUUUACGCCUCUGAUGAGUAUUGGUUACACCAUCAAUUGAUACUCAGUCAACAUCUCUUUAUUAUAUUGGCGGACUAUUCGUUGACAUGUUGACCAAGUCUUGGUUGAUAUGUCAGUUGACAUUAGUCAGCUCAGUGUCAGUCAACAUUUCAUUUUAUAUGUCACUUGACAGGCAUGCGACUGUCAUGUGAAGGGAAAAGUUGUUGCGGAUUGUUAAGUGGAUGACUUGUGUUUUGCAUGCAUGAUUUUUUCGGGAAAUGAUAGGCAAGCCAAUGUUCUUCAUGCUGUCUGUCUUAUUGACUAUGCACAUUUUAUCUUCUUUUGCAGGUUGUCAUAAAAAUCCGUGAUUUAAAUCCUCAUGUUGUCUGCAGUCUGUGUGCAGGUUACUUUGUUGAUGCCACAACCAUCACAGAAUGUCUCCACACAUGUAGGCAUCUGCUCUAAAAAUUAACUUUUUCUUAUACCUGGAAUUAUUAUAUGGCUGAAUCUGCAAGUGGGCAAGAUGAAGCAAAUCCUUGUUCUAAUUUGAUACCGAAGUGGGCAAGGCUCAUUUUGCCCGCUCGGGAUUUCCCACUUUGGCCUCGCAAUAAAAAGUUAUCUUUUUGGCCAUACAAUAAAUCCAUUAUUGACAAGGCUUCUUCAUUCAAGAUGGCUGCUGGAUAUUGGCCCUUUCUUUUUUGCGAUUUAGAGGCCUUGACUUUGUUUUAGUCCUUAAAAAUACAACAAUCAAUAUCCAGCUAUCUUGAACUCACUCUUGGGUAAUAAUGAUGCAUAUUUAUUGUGGCAAAAAUUUGCAUCCCACAAUGUUGUUAUUCUUCUCUGGAAUACCUGUCAUCUAAUUGUACUAGAAAACCUUUGAUGUCACAAUUAAUGAAACACAAACCAAUACCAUAUUUAUUCGAUUAAAUGCCACCCUCAAAUAAACGCUGCCCUCGAACAAACGCCACCCUUGAUCAAAUGCCGCAGAUGGAAGCAAAAUUACCAAUAAACACUGCCCUCGAAUAAAUGCUGCACCUAAUCAGAAGAAUGCAGCAUUUACUUGAGGAUAAUAAGAAAAACCUCUGUACAACUUGGUACUUUACACCAUCCAGACAUUUAUGAUUCUAUCUCAGCAAAAUAAGGGAGACAUUGGAACCUUUAAAUUAUAUAAUAUUCACAAAUGAUUUACAAUAACUGUUGUCAGUGAUUUGAAAAAUGUGAUUUCGAAAUAGACGCUGCCCUUGAAUAAAUGCCAUAUUGGAAACGCUAAAAAUUUAAUAUACGCCAUAGCGUAUAAUCGAAUAAAUACGGUAGGCACUGUCAAUGGAAAGAGUAGCUUGUCUGAAUAUAAUUCCAAGUAUAAAGCAAAGAAGGGUUGUUUACCUAUAAGGGAUACCCAGGGUUCGCACAGUCUUGAAAAGUCCUUGAAUUUUAGGGGAAGUCCUUGAAAAGUCCUUGAAUUCCAUUUUUCCUUGAAAAGUCCUUAAAUUUCUGUGCAGGUCCUUGAAAAGAGCUUGAAUUUUCUUCAACUUUGAAUGUAGUAGCCUGGAAAGAAUUUUUUGAUGCUUUUUGGUUGUCCAAGACAGAAUAUAAAUCGUAGCUCAGUGAAUGUAAAGGUCAUUUACAUAAAGUGCCCCAUGUUUUAUGCAAUAAUUAACUAUCAGUUUAAGACAAGUGAACUGAAAAAUGUAGAGAAUUUGGUGAAGCAAACAGUUAAAGCCUUAAGGUCUUAUUAGAAUAAGACUGUGAAUAUGCAUUUUUGUACAAUCUGGUAAAUUAUAUUCCUAGUAGGUUGUCCUCGAAAAUCUAAUGUGGUCCUUGAAAAGUCCUUGAAAAGUCCUUGAAAAAUGGUUGCAAUGUUUUGUAUGAACCCUGGAUACCAAACCUAACUGGGCACUUAAUCUUCUGUGCCCGGUUCCUCGAAAGAUGGUUGAAUUUAACCCAAGAUUAAACCAAAUUUUAAGCAUGGCUUUCUUGUCUAUAACAUUUAACUCAAGCUUACAAAAUACUAUUGAGUCUUUACUCUGAGAUACAGUUAUGAUAACACCAAGCGUUACUCUAAGCAAUGCACAGGAAUGUAAAUGCACAAAGUAGAACAAAGUUUUAAUCCUGGGUUAGUGCUAAUUGGCCUUUCAGGAACCAGGCCCUGGACCCUGUUGUUCAAAUGUUGGAUAGCGCUAUCCACCAGAUAAAAAUCUAUCCAGUGGAUAAUGCAAUCGGUUUCCCUAAUACUUAUCCGCUGGAUAGUGAUUUAUCCGGUGGAUAGCAUUAUCCAACAUUUGAACAACUGAAGCCAGCUUUGUUGAUGUUGCUUUUGUCCUUCUUUCUUUCCUUCUUUCUUUUCUGGAGGAGAACAUUUUGUAUUUUAAUUAUGAAAGACAUUGUUGUGUCUUUGAUGAUGUUUCUCUGCGAUUGAGAGUUAUCCUUGAAUUAAUACUGCAUUAAAAAGAAGAAAUAUCAAAUUAAGAAGGGCACUGCUUUGAGUUCAUCCAGGAUCAUGUUAACAGCUACAAAAGAAAAGAAGAUCUGUUUGAAUUUAAAACUCUCUUUGAAAGUAAUGAAUUUAAGGGCACAGCGUAUUUCUUGAAGAUUGAACUCGAUUGUUUCUUUAUUCCAGUUUGUAAAAGCUGUAUUGUGAAGUACUUCCAAACCAGCAAAAAUUGUCCAAUGUGCAAUCUUCAGAUACAUGAGACUCAGCCUCUCUUUAAUAUCAGGUAAAUCAUAAAAUAACAGGAUAUUUUAAGUAGCCUGAGAAAAAACCAACAUUUUGCAAUGCUGUCCCUGGUUUCCCAGAAAAAUACCGUCAGAGGAAUGAACGCAGAGAUUCCAUACUGUUGUUUUGUCACUACCUAGGUCUAGCUAGUGCCUCUGAUUGGUUGUACUAACAGGGAAAUUUGCCCCAGCCAAUCAGAAGCACUACCCAGAUCUGGGUAGUGCUUCUGAUUGGUGGUGCUAAUUGAGAAAUUUGCUUUAGCUAAUCAAAAGCACUACCCAGAUCUGGGUAGUGAUGUGUCAUCGGUUUAGGGUUGUUAUAAAAACUUCUGCACACUCCUUUACCCUAGAGGUUUGCAUCUUGAUAGCAGAAUAGCAGUAUAUCUAGGCCAGAUGCUUAAACAGCACCACAAAUGGGAAGUCCAUGAUAAAUUUAGUCAGAAAUCCAGUAAUGAGAUGAAUGACACAGAUGUUCAGGAUUUGAAUAAGAAUUUGUAUUGGAAACAUUUACUGGACCUAAAGGCAUUCUGGGCAAGCAACAUCAUGUUGGUUUAUUAAAUAGAUGUCUGAAAUUUUUUAGGUUAGACAGAACAAUGCAAGACAUUGUGGCCAAACUGGUUCCUGGGAUCACUGAAGGUAUUAGGUGCUCAAAUAUUCACAAUAAAUGUUAUAACACAUCUCUGGUCUAGUCAAGGAAAAAAAGUGUUGAAGGUCAGAAUACACAAGGUGAUACGUUGCCGCAACUUGUAGUGGCAUCACUCUGCAAACAAUUGUCACUACAACAACUUGAACAAAAUCAAAUCAGAUUGAAUUUGUAUGACUUUUUGUGGCAAGAAAAUUCUGUUGUAGUGUCAAUUUUAGAAUGCGAUUUAUCCUUGUGACAUGUCGCACAACUUGUUCCUCACUUGUACACAAGACUGAUUUGUUGCCGUAACUUGUUGCCUAGUUUGUUCCGACCUUAAAAAAAGAUAUGUUGGAUCAAGAUUUUAACUACCUCAAACUUCUGUCAAUUAAUUUUUCACACAAACUGUACAUUUCCAUUUGUUAAAUAGCCGAAGAGGCAAGAAGGAGAGAAUUUUAUGAGUCCAGAGGAAUGGCAGUAAUAAAGCGUCCAGGUAAUAAAUACUUUUUGCUAAAUUACGUAGGGGUCAUAGUUUGUUUACUGGUGAAUGAGAAUGUUGCCAAAAAGUCAUUAUCAGUUUUAGAUUUACUGGUAGAUUUGUGGUGGCCUAUUUUUAUUCAGCUGAUCAUUGGAUAGAACAAACCAUCAACACAAAGCAGCACAUUGUUUUGAAACUAGCCACUCUAUCCAUGAUAGUAAUAAUCACAUUAUUAUUAUAUUGGUUUUGUUACUUGAAUGCCAAAACAAGUUCUAAUUAACAUAGACUGACUUUCUAUAAUCUCUAAUAAAUCUUAUAUCUCAUACAUUAAGCAAUUUGAUCCCUAAUAAGUUACAUGAGGUUCAUAAAGAGGGGUCUCUGGCACGGGUGACAGACCAAAAAAUAACUAAUCAGAAAUCAUGGGCACCAAAAUUUCAUUUCAAUUCAAGUCAUGAUAAUCAGAGCAUGGAAAGUACUGUUUUCUUAUGCAAAGAAAAUUGUGGCAAAAAAGUUUCUGACAAAACAGCUUGAAAGUGGCAAAAAGGGAAAGAAAGGUGGAAAGUUUCAUCAUGCUUUUUAAGUCUUUAUUCAUCUCCCAGAGGUCUCGAAACUAACAAUCACAAGAAAAAUAAGUAAUGAAAUCGUGAAUAUCGAUUAUUAAUUUGGGUUUUUUCUCGAGACACUCUCAACCUCUUGGUCACGGAACACAAAGAAUAAUUUAUUGAAUUCAUGAUUCACGAGCAAUAAAAACGGCCAAUCACAUAUCCUGAAAAUGCCCCUGUACGACCCUCUUGCUUAAGCCAAAGUCAGCUCCAGUCUUUUGCUUUGUUCUUUCGAUUCAUCCUGGAUCUGCUUUGCCUUAGUAUAUAUUUGCAAUUUUUCUAAUUUAUGUUUGUAGUGACUCGUAGUGAUUUAGAACAUUAAUGCAAAUUCCAAUAUUAAUUUUAUAGGUGAUCUUUUUGGUAUCCAUAAUAACCUUGCCAAACUGUGUGGCACAAAAUUUUUGCAGAUUCUAAAUUUUAUGAUUUUUGCAAUUUUUUCAGUGAUCAGCAAAAAUAAGUUGCUGCAAAAAAAGUUUCAUGCAAACAUUUUUCCGCAAAAAUUAAUAUUACUCCAGAGCAAAUAUUCUCUAACUUAAAUUCUCUACACAAGAAUACAGCUGUACAUGUAAGAAAUUGUGUAAACCUGUGUUUGUAAUCGAUUGGCAAAGAAAAGUCAUUCGUUUACAGGUUGCAGGUACUCAAUAAAAUCAAAAACAUUAUCAAUGGUUUGUCCAGGACUUUCUGCAAAUUGCAAAAAAAAGCAAGAAAAACACGAAAAAUCGCUGAUCUGCAAACAUAAAUUCCCGCAAAAAUUUUGUGCCACACGGUAGCUCUAUUGUUCCAUCUUUUAGUCUAUCUGAUCUUUCAUAUAUUUUGUGUCUUACAGAUGAAAAUGAGAAUGAAAAACCGCCAGUGGAGGACGUAGUCAAGAGAGACUACUCUGAAAACAGAAACAUGUACAGAGAUGAUGAACAAGUGUCACUUUGUGUUGAAAGAUAUGAAGAAAGGUCAUUGUGAUUCUCCAAUAUAUGGAGCAAGUCUUAAAAUGUCAGAUGUCUUCCUUCCCAAGUCUCUCAGGGGCACCCAAUGGCAAUUUUUGGAAAAUAUCUGUUCGGAAGAUGAUUUGAGAUCUAGAAUUUUCGCAAUAUUUGUUGUAAAAUUUCUUGCUUGCCUACCUCUCUUAGGAUUUUCGAACAUCUAAAAAAUGGUAUAAUUGCCCAUUUUCAAGGGAUUCUUACCCUAAAAAGGUCACCUAGAAUUUUCGGGAGCCUUUUUGCUGGCUGAAAUUUUUGAAAAGGUAAGUUUUGAUCCCUAUAGUUUUCAGAUCACUAGACUUUCAGCUAGGAAAUCCAAACAGAUGAAACAUUUUUAGGGGAUAAAAAUAUGCCUAUAUCUACCGUUUAAAUACUAAAAUAAGUUCAACAGUGCUAUGUUUAAGUGGUUUUGAACUAUAUUUUCAUUGGGUGCCCCUGGUCUCUGUCUUUUUGUUACUCACAACCCCAUGAAAAACACUAGGAAUGUCACUAUAAUGCACCAUCCUUUUUCACUUUUAAAACUAAGAUCUGCAGCUUAUAAAAGAACACUGUAGAGUGAAUUUUAUCCUCAAUCUCCUUUUUCCAGCAAGGUGGAAGAAAAUGAAGAUGACACAGAAGAAAAUAGAACAACAGAAACUGUGGGGGUAAAUCAUUAUUGAAUUUUUUUAAAAAAUUGAAACACCAAACUUUCUUACUAAGUACCUUGAUGCGUUGGUGCAAAGGUUUUAGUAACUGGCCUCAUCCAAAAGUGAAUCCUGUGUUCUGAUUGUUGGGAGUUCCCGUGUUAGGCCUGCAAGAGAAAGUCCUCUUUUUGUAAAGCUGAAAAUUAUGUCCAGCCAUCGUAGUUUCAUGUUUAGUCAAUAAUAAUUCAUCAAUCUCGCUUGGCCCCCUUGUUUGUUCCUGGGGUGUUGGCGGGGAAGGGGGGGGGGGGGGGGGGCAAGCACUAGAGAGAGCUCAUGUUUGUAGUGCAAUGCAAGUCGCAAGACUUGGAGAAAAGGGAUGGAGGGGACGGGGGAUAUUUUCCUACCCUCUGUCUCUCCCACCACAUCUUCGACCUUUUGUCUUAAGUCUAACCCGCAGUUUGUAGAUAAUUUGCACUUUCUACUCUCUCUAAUCUUUCUUUGCUUUCAAAAAUCAACUGUGGUGACAAUGAGAGAGACUUGAAAAUGUACCUACUCUACAGGUCACAAUUUAUUCACAAUAUUUUCCCAAUGCCUAAUUUCUCAGAAGAGCAGUUUUCAACGAAGGAUAAAAAAUAAUAUCACAAUAAUUGUUCUACCCUUUUUGCAUGUUGCUUUGUUGUUUGAUUGGCUUGAAACAACUGCAGGAAUUAUUAAAACUACAUGUAGACCAUGCAUUUGCAAAGGCUACAUGUAGCCUGCAAAUAACAGUCUCUCCUCGCUUCUUGCCUUCGAGGCGUAAGGAGAGAGGGCUCUAUUUGCAGGCUAAGGCUACAUGUUUCUAUGAUGAUUGCUUCUUCCCCUGACCAUAUCUGCUGUGAUUUGUCAGUCAUAGUUAGUCAUUAUAACUGGUUUUGGCCCUGAUUUAAGCAAGUAUUCCUAACCUAAAGAUAUUCUUGAAGGAGCACAAUUCCCAUGUAUUUAUUUUGAUUUGCGGUGUUUGCAGAUACUCACUAAGAAAUACUUGCGCUGCUCGGCUAGAAUGAUGGUCGUCCAACUCCAGAAGUUAUUGAGAAUGAAACUCAAUAUUCCAGGUGAAAAACAGGUUAGUUUCCAGUGCACGGAGUGCUGAAGAUUAUUCUCAUUGUACAAUAUUCAGUGUAGUCAGACUUCCUAAAUACAGGAGCCUUUGUUCUCCUUUUUAACAAUGAUAGUGCAGCAGAGCACCAUGAGUGAGAAUAUUUGGUUAUCUAUGCAUCCAAGAAAUUUGGUUGUGAUAAAAUCGUUCGUAUGUACGUCCCCCGCCCCCCACAUGUUAGUGAAUGUGAAAUGUCACACUUACUAGCUUGGAGUCCACAAUCCGUGUUAAAUUUUAUAUUGGUCAAUUGACAGCUGUCACCAAAAGGUAUCCCCUGACCAGUGUCACAUGACUGUAUCGCGGUCUUAGGUGUACAACUCAUUGAGGUGUUGUGUGUCUUUUUAAGUUCUGCGCUGACCAGAUAAUGGUUUUCAAUUGUUUGCAAGCUCAGAUCCAUUUUUUCAGGGGGAAUUCAUUUUGCAUCUUCCUAAUGGCAAAAGUUGAAUUGCUGCAGAAAGACAUUUCUUAAAAGAUCCCACAUGAGUUUCGCUUUUUGCCUUGGUUAAAUCUAUAAAGUGUUUUCACAUGACAUCACGGCGGCCAUAUUGGUUUCCCAAAACAAUGAAACGGCGGCUAUGUUGGUGUCCCAAGCCAGUCCUGUGUGAGAUGAACUCUUCUUAAUCAAACGCUUUGUUUUGUUUCAAUAAAUUUGCAUAGAUGCUGGCCACGUGAGUGAAAACGCUCUAUAUAUUAGAAGAUUUUCCUGUACCAGAAUUUUUUUAUGUCACACAGGUGGAAAUUCUGUGCAAUGAACAUAUCAUACACCCAUUCAGAACGAUGAAAUUUAUUUGGAUAAGUGAAUGGUUAAACAAGGUACGUGAGAUAAUAAAAUGUUUGUUUUAUUAUUGUAAGCAAGGAAAUGACUUCCUUGUGUUUAUCUUUGCAACGUUACGCCACAUGUUUAAAAGACGGUAACACAAAAAUACGCGCAAGAAAGGAUCAGAAAAAUUCUAACUUUCCCACGAUGUUGGAUUCGUAAAUUUGUAUUUUAAAUUCUUUGGCGCCAGCACUAAAAAAGGGCCAAAACUUUAUUCUUCAUGUCGCGUUCUGCUUGUACUUGACGGAAGUGUCAGUCUUUAUCGCAGUUAUAACCCACUUAUUUUUUCACAUGUAGGCGAAUCCCCCGGAAGUUGAAUUCAAAGGGACCUGAUAUCCAAGUUCAGGAAAAGAAAUAAAAUUUCGUCGUUGCUUGUUUAAGGUGAUGUUACACGAGACGAUUCGCAACGACGACUUUUAGCGUAACACAGCGUUGCAAUAUCGUUGCGACAUUGUUUGGAAUGGUUACAACAUUGUUGCGAUAUUGUUUCGAAUGAUUACAACAUUGUUCCAACAUUGCAACGCUGUGUUGCUCUAAAAAUCGCCGUUGCGAAUCGUCCCGUGUAACAUCACCUUUACGUUCUACAUAAAGGCGAUGUUACACGAGACGAUUCGCAAGGACAAUUUUUAGCGCAACACAGCGUUGCAAUGUUGGAACAAUGUUGUAAUCAUUCGAGACAAUAUCGCAACAAUGUUGUGAUGUUGUGUUGCACUAAAAAUCGUCGUUGCGAAUCGCCCCGUGUAAUAUCACCUUAACACGCGAAAUUUGGUAUUUUCACGUCGUAGUCGUGCAAACACGGCGCAAGGACAAUUUUUAGCGCAACACAGCGUUGCAAUGUUGGAACAAUGUUGUAAUCAUUCGAGACAAUAUCGCAACAAUGUUGUGAUGUUGUGUUGCACUAAAAAUCGUCGUUGCGAAUCGCCCCGUGUAAUAUCACCUUAACACGCGAAAUUUGGUAUUUUCACGUCGUAGUCGUGCAAACACGGCUCAGAAAUAUAAAAAAAGUACGCUACACGUACAAAGUUGUUGUUUUGCUCAUUAAACGUAUUGUUUUUUUGACGUAAGGUGAUGUUACACGAGACGUUUCGAAACGACGAUUUUUAGCGCAACACGGCGUUGCAACAUUGUUGCGACAUUGAUUCAAAUGGUUGCAACAUUAUACAUAUUGCAAUGCUGUGUUGCGUUAAAAAUCGCCGUUGCGAAUCGCCUCGCCGCGCCGAUCUCGAAACCACUUUCGAGGAUCACAUGAUAUCGGAUAGGUUCUGCUGUGCCACACCUUUGUGCAUUGUGAAAAGGUAUUCGGACCUUAGCGGAAGUAAAUAAGUAGGCACGAAGACUGGAAUCCACUGAGACGGAAGUAAAUAUUCAAGGUUCUAAACUAUCUAUCUUGGGUUUUUACUAUUUGCAUAAAGAAGCCAGAAAUUCCAGUGGAAAUCAACCGGUCCAUGGUUUUCAAUCGAAAAAAGACUGAAAAAUAUCCGUUGUCGUUUGAGGCGAUGCAUUUUUCCUACUCUUACCGGUCUCUUCAGCUAACUUGGCUGCACUUUGCAGUCAAGUCCCUCUCUUACAAGGUCUAAUUUAAUUGUUGAUUGCCUAUUUUUGCAUAAGGAUAUUUAUAAACGCCUAAUUUCUGCAAAGGAACGGUAAGAAUUCUUUGCCGUCUAAGAGUAAGUUCUUUGCCAGAAAGUGACUAGAUAGUCACAGUAUUAAGGUUACAUGUUCACUGUAUUUUGUACUAGCCUGUGACGUUUCUGCUCGCCCAUCGCCGCUGAGGGACGUUUCGCGAGGAGGAACGUCUGCGACUCAGCGACAGAAAUUCCAUACUGAUGACGUCAAAUCUGUGGAAUCCAGUCAGAAGAGCUAAUUGGUCGACGGAGUAGUUUUAUCGUUUUAGCUGUUGUUUACCAAUGACAGACAAAAGACAAAAACCCGCAAAGGUCAAAUGUAAACGCGAUGAAUCUCUAACAAAAACAGCCAAUAAUUGUGGAAUAUAGUCCUCUCUGGCAGAAGCAUUUGAGUUUUGCUGGAUUCACAGAUGAACACAACACUUUACCAAAAUCGACCAGGAGAAAAGUAAAAUUGAACAAAUUUGCAUUUGAAAACCCAUGACUACCGGAUUUAUUAUGUAAACAUUGAUUUACGUCAUCAGUAUGGAAUUUCUGUCGCUGAGUCGCAGACGUUCCUCCUCGCGAAACGUCCCUCAGCGGCGAUGAGCGAGAAGAAACGUCUGCCGUUCGCAGGCUAAUUUGUACGUUAAGUCUCUGCAUCCACCUUUCUUGUUCUUCUUUUGUCUUUAGCAGCCGCCAAUGGUCCUGCAUUACCGUGUUCGAGGCCCGGCGUAAAAAGUACAGUGAGAGGAGAUAUACUCUGGUAGCUCCCAGCGCCUGCUAUUCAUCGUCCCUUUCGGGACUGUCAUGAAAAAAAUGAGCUGAAAACCUUAAAACUGCUUAAGCUGACGGUUUGUCGCUGUUGGUCACAUUGCCUAUAAAUGAAUUUACUCCUUUUUUGAAAUCCAGUCGUUUGAAUGUUAAGAGCCUGUAACCUGUUGUUCAACAAGGCUUUGGUUAGAUCGCUGGCUUGUAAUAGCCACCGAAUUGGAUUAUUAUAAUCAAGUCUAAAUUUUCAUAGAGUAGAUUUUUGCGAACUCUUUUUGUGCUGUGACGAGGAGAUUAGUGAAGGUAGGGGGAAAACCACAAAUCGGGCUCCUACCUUACGAACAGUGAGCUAGUCAAUAGAGUUCUUCAUAUUUUAGGGCUGGGGGGAGGGGGGGCUGAGGGAGGGAAGAGGGCUCCCACAAAGUCUCUCACAGACCGGUUACCUGUGUAAGGGCUCCCAGGGGAGCUUGAUGUAGAGAGAAAGGGAGCGACGUGAGACCUCCCCCUCAACACUGUCUGUCCCUUUCUUCCUCCUCCCCACUCCCUCCUCAUUCGUUCGUACCUUCUCAGGUUGUUAUCGCCCUACCCCCGACAGGCCGCAAUUGAACUCGGUGCCUGAACAGUGAAACUCCUGUAACACCAAUUAUAACUUUAUAGGAAGCAUCAUGUUGUGUUGAGUUUGAUGGCACUUGUUUCCAUAGGUUCUUUUGAAGAGAGAGAUACACGGUUGUAUCAUUAGUUUUUCUUCUCCUCUGGAUAAGACGCGUACGUUGUAGGUUAGAUAU